AUGACUGUCCCCUUCCUCAGAUGGGGCCUCCCCAUCAUUGUCGUCGCUUUUGCAGUCGCAUACCGCCUCCAGCAGCCUCUCAACAAGGCUAAUUCAGCCACGCACUGCUAUACAGGCGUGCGUACACAUGAUUCAGAGCUCCCCUCUGCCCAGUGCUUCUCUGUCGUCGACGGUGUCUUCACCGCUGUAUGGAACAAGGAGGUAGAUGACCAACUGCACAAUCAGACUGAUGGCUACGUGAUUCCGGGUCUGUGGGACGGACACGGUCACUUGCUUCAGUAUGGGGAGUUUCUUCACUCUGUCGACUUGUUUGGUGCUCAGACCCUAGACGAGGUGCGGUCUAGGAUUAAGAAAUAUCUUGUUGAUAACCCUGGAGCUGGAUCCAAGGAUAACUGGGUUCGUGGUGUUGGUUGGGACCAGACAUUCUAUGGCCGUAUGCCCACAGCUGCCGAUAUUACAGAGGACCCAGAACUCAAGGACAUCUACCUCAUGCUCGACCGCAUCGAUGUCCACUGCACCUGGGUAUCCCAACCCGUCCUCGACCUCCUCCCUUCAGACCUCCCCGAGACAGUCCCCGGCGGCGAGAUUGUCCGUGAACCAGGCCUGGGCGUGUUCUGUGACAAUGCCAUGGACCUUGUUCUUUCCAUCUGGCCAAAGCCCGGAACCGACUUCAAGACCCGAGCUGUCAAGACCGCCAUGAAGCGUCUCAACGAGGUCGGUCUCGUGGGCAUGCACGAUGCCGGUGCUACUCCAGAGACUCUGGCACUCUACAAUGAGCUCUCAUCGGAUGAUGACUGGUCUGUACGUGUAUACGCCAUGCUCGAGUGUCCCCAGCGCAACUCGUAUUGUCCCGACGAGGCCGUCAAGUUUGCCCGUGACGACGACCGCUUCGCAGUCCAGAGCGUCAAGCUCUUUGCUGACGGUGCCCUCGGUAGCUGGGGAAGCGCCAUGCUUGAGCCCUACUCAGAUCACCCCUGGACAUCGGGCACCCUCCUCAUCAACGCCUCAGCCCUCACAGACGUUACAAAGCGUUGGGCUGCUGAUGGAUAUCAGGUCAACAUCCACGCUAUAGGCGACCUCGCCAACCGCAAUGCCAUCGACGCUCUCGAGGCCGCACUCGUUCAGCAGUGUCUCAACGAGGCCACUGCACAAGAUGCCUCCCCUUCAGCACCAGAUGAUGCUAUCGCCCAAGAUCAAGCCAAAGCGCUCGCUACUUGUCAAUCCCGCCACCGCUUCCGCAUCGAACACGCCCAGAUCAUUCAUCCAGACGAUCAGCACCGCAUCCACUCCAUCGGAAUCCUCCCCUCAAUCCAGCCCACUCAUGCCACAUCAGACAUGAAGUACGCCCUCUCUCGCCUCGGCUCGGACCGUCUCUCUUCCUCCGCCUACCGCAUGCGCUCCCUCCUUCCUGCCCGGCCCAUCCUGGGCAGUGACUUUCCCGUUGAGCCCCCGAAUCCCUUCCAGGGCAUCUACGCUGCCGUGGCCCGCCGGAAUCCGCACACAGGUCAUGGCACUGAUGAUAGUCCUAAUGGUUGGCAUACAGAAGAAGCUCUGAGCUUGGAUCAGGCUCUAUGGGGUUUCUCCGGCGCCCCUGCUUAUGGAGCCUUUCUUGAUGGCCGUGCUGGUGUCAUUCGUGAAGGCGCCUUGGCCGACUGGGUUGUUUUGGAUCAUCCUAUUGAGGAGGUGGACGUUGAAGAUUUGCGAACUCUCAGGGUGAGAGAGACAUGGGUGGCAGGCAAGAGAGUCUACAAGCGCCCCAGUUCGGAAUAA